AUGUUGGUGCAGUUUUACACGGCCAUCAUCGAGUCCAUCCUCACCUCCUCCAUCAUCGUGUGGUUCGCUGGAGCCACUGUCAGGGACAAGCAGAGACUACAGCGCAUCAUGCGCUCUGCAGAGAAGGGCCGUAAACCCGGGUACUUCUCCUUCCUGGACCCUUUCUCUCCUGCUGUCUGGCUCUUCAUGCUGCUGGCUUAUCUCGCUGUGUCCUGUGUGCUGUUUCUCGCAGCCAGGCUUAGUCCAUUUGAGUGGUACAACCCUCAGCCCUGCUCUCGGCACAGACAGGAUGUGGUGGAGAACCAGUACUCUCUGGGCAACAGUCUAUGGUUUCCUGUGGGAGGCUUCAUGCAGCAGGGGUCAGAGGUCAUGCCCCGGGCGCUGUCCACACGCUGUGUCAGCGGAGUCUGGUGGGCUUUCACCCUCAUCAUCAUCUCCUCCUAUACUGCAAACCUGGCCGCCUUCCUCACGGUGCAGAGGAUGGAGGUCCCGAUUGAGUCCGCGGACGACCUGGCGGACCAGACUAACAUCCAGUACGGGACCAUCCAUGGAGGCUCCACCAUGACAUUCUUCAUGAACUCGCGAUACCAAACCUACCAGCGUAUGUGGAACUACAUGUACUCCAAACAGCCCAGUGUGUUUGUGAAGAGCACAGAGGAGGGCAUCGCUCGUGUCCUCAACUCCAAGUACGCCUUCCUGAUGGAGAGCACCAUGAACGAGUACUACCGCACCUCCAACUGCAACCUGACGCAGAUUGGCGGACUGCUGGACACCAAGGGCUACGGGAUUGGCAUGCCCCUAGGUCAGUGGUAA